AUGGGUCUAUCCUCGCUAAUAAUCCUGGCCAGCGCCGGGUCUGCUAUGGCUCACACGAGCAAUGUCGAGGUGCCCGCGAACCUACCCACGCGGGCUCUUGGUCCCGAUGCCAUCGCGUAUUCAGUUGAGCCAGUCUGGUUGAAUUCGUUCACCAAUAGCAGUCUCAUGGCCACCCUGCUAAACGACCUCUCGGAGCUGACAGGCAAGGCCACACCUAUUCGGAUCGGAGGCACAACGAGUGACCAGACAUACAUCGUGGACAGCCUCCCCGGCAAUGCGUCCUCGCUGGAAAGGAAGAAGCCCAGCACAGAAUGGAAUGUCACGGCAGCCUGGUUCUCAACCUUUGCGGAUUAUUUCCCAGAGGGCACCGAGGUGAUCUAUUGCCUCAACUUUGCGGACAACUCCAGCAACUGGGCCAACACCCAGGAACAAGCAGGCGCUGUGUGGGAUGCGCUCGGGGAGAAGCUGGUAAUGUUCGAGCUCGGUAACGAGAUAGACCAUUUUAUCGACAAGGGCUGGAGGUCUGCGAGCUGGGGAAUAGCCGAGUACAUCACGCAGUUCAACAACCUCACUGCGAGCAUAAUGAACGCCUCGUGGUACGCCGAGGCGGGCGGUUCUGCACCCAAGUUCCAAGCGGCUGUGUUUGCCGACCCGCCCUGGGUCCCGGACCAGCAGGACGAGAUUGACGAUUUUGACAUUGUCAACCUGACCCGGGGAGGGCUGGUCGACGAGGAGCACGAGGUCGUAGAGACCUAUUCCGUUCACCUCUACCCGCAGUCGACCUGCGACACGGAACGCUGGCUGAGGAUGCGCCUGGACCUGCUGAGCAACCAUACCACGCUGUGGCUGAACGUAUCACAGUUUGUGCCUCAAGUCGCUGCCGCGGAUGCGGCCAACACGUCGCUCGUCUUUGGCGAGACCAAUAGUGUCAGCUGCGGCGGGCGCAGCGGAAUCAGCGAUACUUUUGGAGCCGCGCUGUGGGCUGUGGACUACGUGCUCAUGGCCGCCAGCAUCGGUAUGCCCAGGGUCUACUUCCACCUGGGCGCCCAGUCGCAGUACUCGGCGUUCACGCCCUGGUCAUACGAGCUGAACAACGAGACGCUGUCGGGUGGGAUCCGCGCCCCCUUCUACGGCCACUAUUUUGUCGCAAAGGUGGUGGAGGGACUGGCGGAGGACGAGUCGUACGGCAUAGCGGCAUUGCCAGGUGCGAAUUCUAGUGAUCUCAGCGGCUAUGCCGUCUACCGCGGCGAAGAUCUAGCGAAGCUCGUGUUUCUCGAUAUGGGCGUCUGGAAUGGCACAGAAGGCCUGUCGAACCCGUCCACGCUCAGCAGCACGGAUGGGACCGACUUCAGCAACGGGACCAGGCCAAGUUAUAACAUGACGGUCACGUCCGCUUGGUCAGCCGGGCAGAAUGUCAGCAUCACCAGACUGCAGGCCCCCGGCACGAACGCCAAGAGCUCGGUGAGCGUGUCGGGCGUGACAUUCGACCCUGCGACGGGGGCUCGAGUGGAAGGUGACGCCGGCGAGGAAGUCGUCCAAGUGGGCGAGGGAGGAGCGGUCAGCUUCAGGCUGACCACUGCGGAGGGUGUUCUCCUGCAGCUCGUGACCGACGCGGCGACGACUUCGCCGGGGAGUGGCGAGGCCUCAGGAGCAUCUGCCACUGCCGCGGUGUGCGGCCCAUGGAUGCUCGUGGUCGUCGCCGUAGCGAUGGCGUUGACUACAUGA